GGACGUGCCAAGUUGACGACUGUCGAGAAGACGGCCGUUGUGGUAGCCAUGAUGACUGUGCUCUUCCGUUGUCAGCAGGAGAGGUCAUUGGGCAGAAUGAGAGCGCAGAUCCGCACACGGAGGAAGAUGGCCCAGGGAGCCCAAGUCGAUGGGCUGGAUACAGUGGCCAUCACCGAGGUUGUACUCCAGCCUGAUCACAUCGUCGCUUAUGCGUUGUAUAGGUGGGCAUCGGGGGAGACGUACGAAAGUGGCACAUGCAACUUCGGGAUCGGGAGAGCUGGGCUGGUGGCGGUUCGGGACGUGACGGCUGCGCUGCUGGCGGUGUAUCGGGAGAAGAUAUCAUGGCCGACGGGGGUGCGCAAGUUGGUAAUCCUACGAGCAUUUGCUGACAAAGGAUUCCCGAACUGCCAUAGGUGCAUCAACUGUACUCACGUCUACAUCGACAAGGCGACAAACGUCCCUAGCGAGGACUACUACGAUCAUCGUAAACGGCAUUUCUCGGUUGUCGCACAGGUGGUCGUUAAUCUCAAUCUGCGUGUGCUCCACGUUCACAUCGGCUACCCUGGAAGUUGCCAUGACGUCCGGGUCAUCCAACUCUCAAGUCUGUGGGCACGUGCAGAGGCUGGCAAUCUUUUCUCAGGCCCGCCAGUGAUGCUCCCCUUCCAAGUGCAGAUGAACAGGUACUUGUUGGGCGACAACGACUAUCCUCCGUCAGAAUGGAUAGUUGUACCCUAUGGAGGCAUUGGUCAGCACCCCUGUGGAGGAGCACUUCGACAACAACCAGAAGGUGGCGAGAGGGGUUGUGGAAAGGGAUUUCGGAAGGCUGAAGGGGAUGUGGCGGUUGUUAUUGCGGACGCACAAACGAAUAUGGAGACCAUGCCGCAGCAGUUCGUAGUCGUUUGCAUCCUUCACAACAUCCUCAUCGAUGCAGGCAUUCCAUUUGACGAGAAUCUGUUGUGGGAGGUGGACGCCAACGGAGUGCGGCACCGCGUCGACCUCGGGAUUCAUCGCCCCCUGCGGCCUGUGUGCAUGGAGAGUUCAACAGAGGGAAGACGACAACGGAGGUUACACGGCGAAGGCGAGACGGCGACGGAGGCCAAGCGGCAGAGGCGAGACGGUGACGGAUGGUGGACGGCAGAGGCGAGAUGGCGACGGAGGGUAGAUGGCAAUGGCAAGAUGGCGACGGAGGCUAGACGACAGAGGACAGACGUGAAGAUCAGAUGUGAGACGUCACGAGACGGCGGCGACGAGACGACAGUGGCGAGACAGCGAGGGAGGCUAGACGGCAGUGGUGAGACGCCGACGGAGGCUAGACGGCGCCGGGGGUUAGAUGAUAGAGGCGAGACGUCGAGAUCGGACGCCAGAAGUCAAGAUUAGAAGCGCAUGAUGGAGAAUUCAAGGCGAGAUGGCCGGCCUGCGAAUGACAGGAUGAGCGGUGAUCCAGUAG